AUGUCUAAUGUCAGUUUUGACCCACCAACGCGUGUCUCCAAGACUUGGAUCGCUCUCAGAAGACUUGACAAAAAUGAUGACAGAGUGGUGGCUCUGCGUGAGGUGUCCAUCCCUGCGGCGGCCGACAUGCCGGCCAUCGUGCAGAUCAUUGCCGCUUCCUUUGGCCUCAGCUCCUCAGACGUUAUAUUCAAGAUCAGGAACCAACGUGGAAGUCUGAUGCCUCUCAGCAGCUCCAUCCCUGCAAACAGCAAGCACAUGCCUUAUUUGCUUGAGGUAGCCAAGAUCUUUCAACAUGUGCGUCCGACCCCUAAAAGCAUCCCCAUGACUGUGAUCAACAAGAGCAUAAAGGCCAGGUUGCACACUAUUGAAAAGAGGAUUCAAAGACUGGAAGAGCUUCUGCCUCAGAUAAAACUCAGACGCAAUGAAAAACUCAGCCAGGAAAUUGAAUGUCUGAACCAGAAGUUGAUGUUUCUUCAUAAGAGAAUGCAGGUGGCGGAUUCGCACACGUGGAAAGGAAUGCUAACCCGAGCGCCCCUCUGGGUAAAAAUCAAAAUAAGCGUCAGUACGGUUGUGUGUGAGACACGUUGUUUGCUGGCACACAACAAGUUGGCACUUGUGUGCUCUCGGGGUUCAAUUAGUCACAGAUUAGCAGGUUGGUGUGACGAGCAAGCAUGAAGCAUGAAGCA